GCGGUGCCUGCCCGCCGGGCUAGGAAGCGCCCUGCACCUUCGUUGUCUUCUCCCGCGCCUGGAGGAGCUGCAUCUUCGCUGAGCUGCUCCCCAUCAUGCAGCAGCCUCGGGCGCCGCAAUCGUUCGCUCCGGGAGAGCUGAAAAGCCCAGGAAGCGGAAGGUCUCCUCGAGCAGAUCUCUCCCAAGAGUAGGGCACAGCAAUUGCAUGGAUGAUGAGUAGGAAGAGGGAGGAAAAUGCUUGGAAAGCGGGUCCCAGAACGGCAACAUCUCAGAGAUCUAAGUGGGCAGAGACAAUCAAGAUUUGCUCUUCUCGUAAAUCAACAAGGCAAAGGAAGGCACUGGGGAGGCCUGGCCGACGUUACGAGGGUUCUAAGGCUUGGAAAGACAAAGGCGGAGAUGAAAAUGCAGGCAGUCUUUGUGUGAAAAGCAACCAACAGCACCUGGGACAUCAAACCCAUGACAGAAUCAAUCUGGACCGGCAGCUUUUCAAGUGCCUGGACUGUGGGAAGGGACUUUUGAAUCAAUCAGCUUUCCGAAGGCAUAAGAAAUUCCAUACGGGAGAGAAACCUUUUCAAUGUGCUGAAUGUGGGAAGCGUUUCAUGGAAAGCAGCCAUCUCAUUCAGCAUCAGAGGAUCCACACUGGAGAGAAACCCUACACAUGUUCAGACUGUGGGAAAGAGUUCACCCAGAUCUCCCACCUAAUCCACCACCGUAGGAGCCACACAGGAGAGAAGCCCUAUGGCUGCCCCGAGUGUGAGAAAAGCUUCAGCUUUAAGUCGGCUCUGGUGCGGCAUCAUAGGAUCCACACGGGAGAGAAGCCUUAUGAAUGCCCUGAGUGCCGGAAAUGCUUCAAUGUCAGCUCCCACCUGGCCCGCCACCAGAGGAUGCACCUCAAGGAAGCGACACUGGCAGAAGUGGAAAGCUUCAAGGGUGACACUGUCCUUGUUAAACGCCACAGGGCACCAAGGGCACACCUUUGCACAGACUGUGGGAAAGGCUUUUUCUGCAGCAGAGAUCUUGGGAGACAUCAGAGAAGAAUCCACCAAGGAGGAGGGAAAUCUGGAAAAGCUUCAGCCACAAAGCCAGCUGUCUGAGGCACCAGGCAAAGCACAUCCAGGCAUGUGCCCUACAAUGCUAAAUACCCAGAACUGAGAAAUGUUCUCCUCCUGCUCUGUAAUGGACUUCCAAGGAUGUCGCAUGCAGCAAUAACGGGAUCCUUUCACACCCAGUCGAAUUCUGCAGCUGGAAACCCUUCUGUUCUGCAAUUGGAAUAAAUGAUAAAAUUUACUGUAA